AUGGCAAAAACCGAAAAAAUAGCUUUCAUUCUUGAGCAAGUUCGUCUGUGUUUAGACCGCCAAGAUUAUGUGCGUGCUCAAAUACUCUCAAGAAAAAUCAGUCCUAGAGUUUUUGAUGCUGAUACUAAAGAAAAGAAAAAACCCAAAGAAGGCGAAAAUAUUGUAGAAGAGGCUCCUGCUGAUAUACCAUCCUUGUUGGAGUUGAAGCGGAUCUACUAUGAAUUAAUGAUACGAUUCUACUCGCACAGCAAUGAUUACCUUGAAAUUUGCCGUUGUUACAAGGCAAUAUAUGAGACCCUCUAUGUGAAGGAAGACCCAGCUCGGUGGAUUCCAGUAAAAAAUCUCCUUCAUCUAUGUGUUCAUAAACCUAUGGUCACAUUUGAAAUAGCAUACCAAUAUAUGAGGAUGUCUUCCUCAAUCCUGCUGAACUUCUUUCCAUUCUUUGAUACAGGUCCUUAG